CUCAAGAUGCCCAGAAAAUCCCUCUUGUGUUAACACUUGAUUUAUGGAAACAAUUAUGAUUCUCUUGGAAUCUUCCUGGACUAGGCAAUUGUCCACAACGACACACAGGCUGAUGGUGUGAGGGGGGAAAGCAAUGGAUUUCUUUUAUGCACAGUUUGUCUUCAACAAAAACGAAACUUUAUUAUCGUCAAACCUCUCUGAACAAAAGGAAGAUUCUAAUAGUAAGGACGAUCAAGACAUUCAAGACCACUGCAAACUGAUUUGUUUAUAGAAGAGAGUGACAGUGCAUCAGUUCUCUGAAGAAACCCUGGCUCAGCACCAUAAAACUUUUUCAGGAAAGCUUACACAUAUUCUAAAACUGCAACUGCCACCAAUAAAAAGAGUCCCAAGGUUCUGGAGUCCAGGCAGAAGCUGAGACCCCCAAACUAGCAGCAUCCGCCUGAUUCAUACUUUAAAUUGCAGUAUGUUAUUCAUGAGAACCCAGAGCAGUGCACUAUAAUGCGCAAAUGGAUGCAAACAUGGAUCCUGCCAACUCUGCUGUACAGACUACACAUUCAUUGUAUCCUUCUAGCAGGGAGUGUGUCUUUUGCUUGCAAUGACAUGACUCCAGACCAACUAGCUGCGAGCGUGAACUGUUCCUCCAGUCCUGAGCGGCACACCAGAAGUUACGACUACAUGGAAGGUGGAGAUGUAAGAAUAAGGAAACUUUUCUGUCGAACACAGUUCUAUCUGAGAAUUGAUAAAAAGGGCAAAAUCAAAGGUACAGCUAAUCCUAGCUGCAAUUACUGUAUUCUGGAAAUCAGAACUGUGGCUGUUGGAGUUGUUGCUAUUCGAGGUAUAGAGAGUGACUACUUCCUAGCAAUGAACAAAUCUGGAAAAUUAUAUGGCAAGAAAACCUGCAAUGAAGACUGCAAUUUCAGAGAGCUUAUAGAGGAAAACAAUUACAAUACAUACGCUUCAGCAAAAUGGACACAUAAUGGCCAGCAAAUGUUUGUUGCCUUGAACCAAAAAGGAGUAACCAUUAGGGGGAAAAGGACAAAGAAAGAAAAUAAAUCAUCUCAUUUUCUUCCUAUGGCAGUAUCGUAAUGAAAUACACACAAUGAGAACAUCAAUUCCACUAAUAAUGGUGUUCCACCUCGGCACAUGUAUCACUGAAACCUUAACCAUACAAGCUAAAAUACUACUGACAUCUGGAACAAGCUGGGCUUGCGCUUUGCGAUAAAAACAUACUUAUAAUUUUGCACGACUGUAUUCUCUGCAUUCCAAUGUUACAACAGAUGCAAAAGGUGAAGUUUGUAAAUUUAUUCCUAAACCUUUGUCAAGAAACAGUUGAAUGAAAGUAGUAUGACUGAUCAUCUAACCAGAUGUGUAUAGAGGUGCAAGUAGUUUGUACAUAGAACAUUUCCUUAAAAUGAUAGGUUUGACAGAUCAUGGUACUUCAAACUUAAACAGUACUAUAUACAUUUUCAGGAUAAUCAUUGUUACAUUAAGACACCUUGCAUUUGACCUCUUACAGUUAUUCCUUGAGAAAGCACUGUGGACUAUUGGGGUAUCAAGGUCAGAAGCCAGAUGACACCAGGUUAUAGUCCAAUACCUACGUCAGACUCCUGCUCAUUGACUACAGCUCCACCUUCAGCACAAUCAUCCCCUCUAGACUGAUCUCAAAACUGUAACAGCUUGGUCUCGGCCCUGCCCUCUGCAAUUGGAUCCUCAGCUUUCUGACCCAUAGGUCGCAGUGAGGAUAGGUAACUGCACCUUGUCCACAAUAACACUCAAUACUGGAGCCCCGCAAGGAUGUGUCCUCAGGCCCUUAAAUAAACAUCUAUGACUGUGUUGCCAAAUUGUGAACAAACUCCAUCUACAAGCUCGUUGACGACACCACCGUAGUAGGACCGUAUCCAACAAUGAUUCACCAAAGAUCCUCAGACAGCACCUUCCAAACCCACAACCUCUUCCAUCUAGAAGGACAAGGGCAACAGACAUGUGGGAAAGCCACCACCUUCAAGUUCCCCUCCAAGCCACCCACCAUCCUGACUUAAAAAUAUAUUGCCGUCCCUUCACUGUCCCCAGUGUCAAAAUCCUGGAAUUCCCUACCUAAUGGCAUUGUGGGUCAACCCACAGCAGAUGAACUGCAGCAGUUCAAGACAGCAGCUCGCAACCACCAUCUCAAGGGCAACCUGGGCUGGGCAAGAUAUACUGGCCAGCCAGCGAUGCCUAUGUCUCACAAAUGAAUAGAAAAAAAAACAAGUCAAACUACAGAAGGGAGAUAGAGGGCUUGGUGCCAUGGUACAAUAAAAACAAUCUGUCUCUCAACGUUGGCAAAAUUAAAGAACUGAUCAUUGAAUUCAGAAAGAAAGGUGGAGAACAUGCACCCAUCCAUAUCAACGGAACUGAAGUUGAGAGAGUGAAGAGCAUCGAGUUCCUCGGUGACAGUAACUGAAGACCUGACCUGGGCUUCCCACAUAAAUGCGACAGUCAAGAAGGCACAACAAUGCUUCUUCUUUGUCUGGCAGCACAGGGAAUCUGGCAUGUCCAUAAGGUCUCUCACCAACUUCUACAGAUGCACCAUUGAAAGCACACUGUCCAGGCAUGGCAACUGCUCUGCCCAGGAUAGUAAAAAACUACAGAAGGUGGUGUGCACAGCCCAGGCCAUCACAGAAGCCAAACUUCCAUCGCUAGAUUCUAUUUACACAGCUCGGUGCCGCAGAAAGGCAGCCAAAUCAUUAAAGACCUAUUGCACCCUGGUAACAACCUCCUACAACCGCUUCUAUCAGGCAGCAGAUACAGAAGCCUGAACACACGCACCAGCAGGUUCAGCAACAGCUUCUUUCCAGCGUUUAUCAGACUGUUGAAUGGACUGUAGCCUCAAAUAAUGUAACCUGCAAUGUAAUCUGUACGCCUCUAAGUCUUUUUGAUUUGUACAUCCUUUGCUUGCCAAGGUCUUGAGAUUUCAAAUAAACCAAUUGGACUAUAAGCUGGUGUCGUCUCACUUCUGACCUUGUCCA